AGGUUUUGGUAAGACACUCAUAGUAGGUGCUCGUUUGUAUUUGAAACUGUAAACUAAAACUGAUAUUACCUUUCAAGAAUUGCUGCUUUCGUCUGCUUUCCAUAAAGUCCAGGAGAAACAACAAUUGGAGUACAAAUGUGAGUUUGAACAACUGUCAUCAAAUACAUUCAUGGAAGUUAUUUGGAAAUGGGUGCAAGAAAGUUAAAAAAAGACAUUAAAAGGAGGGACACAAGCUGUCUCGUCUGUAACAAGAACUUUAAACGUUAUUCUUAUCUUGUUUUUCAUCUGAAGACACACACUGAAUUCAAAUGUGAUGUUUGUCACAAAAUUUAUCCGUCUUUAAAAAAAUUGAAAAACCACAACAGAGUCCAUAUUGAUAAGAAGCCGUUUUUGUGCCCGAUUUGUCAAAAAACAUUUCGUUGUAAUUCAGUUUUUAAACUGCAUGAAAGAGUUCAUACUGGUGAAAGACCUUACACAUGUAACAUAUGUGACAAGUCAUUCAAACUGAAGAACCAUCUAAGGAUACACAUACCUAUUCACUUUGAUGAAAAAAAAUUCGAAUGCGAAACAUGUGGGAAGUUUUUUCAACGUAACUGUAAUUUAAAAAAACACGUUAUGAUCCACAGUGAAUUAAAGCCCUUUAAAUGUGUUAUAUGUGAUAAAGGAUUUAAACAAAAAUAUAAUUGGUUAGUACAUAAGCGAGUUCACACUGGAGAAAAACCUUUUAAAUGUGAAGUCUGUGAAAGGCCGUUUUCAUUACAUGGUGCCAUGGUAACUCAUCUCAAACUACACUAUAGAGAUAGAUCUCAUAUUUGUGAAUUGUGCAAAAAAGCUUUUGCAAGACGAAGCCACCUUAAGAGUCAUAAAUGUGUUAAGAAACCUAAGUUGGAAGUGUGAGUCACAAACUAGAAGUGUGACUUAAGCUAAAAGAUUUCUAACUUUUAUGCUUUCCAAGCCCGAGUGUCACUAUUCUCAUUCUAUUUUUUGAGGUAAGGUCCUUGUCAAGGACGAAGGACCUUUUUAUUAAGACCAGGUUUGGCCCAUUACCCCAACACCCAAAAGCCCAUUUAAGUCUUUCACUUUAUUAUUCCUAACUUACUUUGUCAUUCCUAAACUGAUUCUGAUGCCAAAAAGAAUGCUAAAAUUCAUAAAUGUGUUUGUGAUCUUAGUGUUUUUGGGUUCUAUUCUGUUAUGAUUUAUAAGUGUUAUGACUGCAAGCUAAAAUUGUGAUUGCCUUAAUUGUACUGUUAUGAUUUUAAGCUAUUAACAACUUAAAUUGCAACACUGUGUAGUAAAUUCGUCUGGUGCAAUGUGCAACUUGUAAAGGCACAAGGUGUGUGGAACAGAACACCUAUGUUAUAACUACCCUUAAUUAAUGUGGUGAAUGAAAUAUACUUUGGCUCUGCCUGUUUAGUAUAGACACCUAACAGCAAGGUAAAAUCUGGGGUGACAUUGUUAAAAUGCAGUUACACUCAUAGUUGUCAAACAUAGGGAACCUCAUUGAUUAAUGUGGUGAAUGAAAUAUACUUUGGUUCUGCUUGUUUUGUAUAGACACCUUACAGCAGAGUGAACCCAUUCAAAGUGUGAAUCUGUGGUUCUACAUAUUAUGUCGCUAGUCACCUCUGUUUCUAACAUUCUAUAUAACUUCACACCUACUAUCACUGUAUGUUUACAUUUGACGGUUGUUUUAAUUAACA